CUUCACCUCCAUCAAUCCCCACGCCCAUUCAUAAAUACCCCCGGCUCUCUUCCACUGCAACCUGCUCAAUCAUCCUCGCCGCCACAAUUGUUCACUACAAACAAAACCGAGAAUGUCGGCCUGGGCAAUAGGAUUGGGUCUUGCCGCAACGGCCUUCUUCGGUCGCGCAGCCCUGGUUGCGCUCCGACGAUCCGGGAAAAUGGGUGCUGGGGCGCUGGGGCGAAGUUAUUAUAAAGGCGGGUUUGAGCCGAAGAUGACGAGGAGAGAGGCUGCGCUGAUUUUGGAGAUGCCGGAACGCGGCAUCACUAAAGAACUCCUCCGCAAGAAACAUCGCCAGCUUAUGCUACUGAACCAUCCUGAUCGAGGAGGGAGUCCAUAUCUUGCGACGAAGGUAAAUGAGGCGAAGGAGAUGCUGGAGAAGGAGGUGAAGUGAGCGGAUUUUGUCCGUGGAGCUGCUGUAAGAAGACGUGUAAAUUAGAUGGGAUGGAUCUGCUGCUUUGAGCAUGGCGUUUGGUUGUUUUGGAUUGUGGAAAGAGUUGUUCUGCAUUGCAUCUGGGUAUUUUUGGUCUAGGUGGGGAGGGGAAUCACCACUUGUGCUAGUAGGAGCGAGAGUAUUACGAGGAUAGUAUGAAUCCAUGGCACCCUUGUUCGAAG